CCGCGCCCUUUUCUUGAAGCUAACGGCGCGGAUUGGCAGAGGCGUCUGGCGGGGCCGGGGCUCAACAUGGCGGCGAGUUCGGCUCUGCGGGUCGUCGGGAGCCACCUCAAGGAGAUCCGGGUCCACCUGUGCCAGCGCUCGCCGGGAAGCCAGGGCGUCAGAGACUUCAUUGAAAAACACUAUGUUACUUUAAAGAAGGCAAAUCCAGAUUUCCCUAUUCUGAUCAGAGAGUGCUCAGAUGUGCAGCCCAAGCUCUGGGCUCGAUAUGAGUUUGGCAGAGAGACGAGCAUACCGCUGAACAACCUGAACGUGGACCAAGUCGCCAAAGCUGUAGAGACUGUUAUACACAGCAAAGCGUAAAGAUAAUACGUGGUGCCUGCAACCAAGAAUCCAAAUCCAGCCGUGAUGCAUGUAUGGAUGUAACUUAUUAAAACUGCAUAUUAAAAUGAUGGCUUA